AUGUCAUACUUUAAAACCGGCCAGGCGUGGCUGGACCAGUCCACGCUGCUGAUCCAAGCCAACCCUACAACCACCAGAAUCACAACGCGAUACUCGAUAAAGGCCGUGAAGCGUCGCAAGCCGUCCGCCUCCGACGCCGCCAAGGAGAAGCCCCCGCGCGGAGAGCUCGUCCUCAAGACGUUCGACCCCCGCAGUGGCGUGACGCUCAAGUACCGCACGACCAAGGCGGCCGAGGUGUCGCGACUGAUGGGCGCCGCCAUGGGCCGGCUGGGCCGCAGCAUGGCCGCGCUGCCGGAGGAGGAGCCGCCCGAGGAGCCGAUGCCGGACGCGGGUCCUGCUGGCGGUGAGGACGACGGGCAGGCGCAGCAGAAGCAGGCGCCGCAGACGCAGAGCACGCCGCCCGCACCAGCGGCAGCAGGAGGCGGAGGUGGUGGCAAGAAGAAGAAGAAGGGCAAGAAAUAA